AAUCGCAUAGAUUUUGUGAUAGAGUGCAAGAUGCAUACACAUUACGUUGUUGCCCUCAGGUUCAUGGUGUUGUGAAUGACACAAUUGCCUUUGUAAAGAACAUAAUUACCACAGAGAUCAAUAGUGCAACAGACAAUCCUGUAUCCUUAUUUCUUUUUAAAAGAAAUUGGUUUUUUCCUCUUUAGGAGGAAAAUUUACUAUUUAACA